UCUUAAUUCAAGAAGUGUAAGCAUGAGCAGCGUUUAGCGAGAAAGCUUGUUGUUUUAGUCUUUUGUUGUCUGAAGUCUAAUUUCUAUCAGAAACAAGUCGAGCUUCUUAUGUCAGAUAUAACAAUUGAAACAAUGGCAAUCCAGCCAAAUGCUUCAUUCAAUGUAUCUGAAGAAGAAAAAUGGGAAUAUCUGAACAGGCGCCAGUCGGACAACAACAUUGCCAAUAUCCCAUCAUUUUUAUUUAUGGCUCUGGCCUUUUUAUGUGGAAUCAUCGGGAAUUCCCUGAUUCUAGUUGUUUAUUCUCGGAAACGGAACAAAACACCAACUGUAAUCUUGAUUCAGUGUAUAGCUGUGAUGGACACACUCACUAAUCUUGUUCUGAUUCCAGGUACUGCUUACCAAAUAAGCCACACGUGGACGUACAAAAAUGUCACCAUCUGUAAAUUGUAUUAUUUCUGUAACAGCGUGAUAUCGUGGACAUCGGCCAUUCUGUUGUUGGUUGUUGCCAUAGUUAGAUACAGGAAGAUCUGCAAACCUUUUGGAAAACAAAUCAACAACAAAACAACAAAAAUAAUUUGCGCCUUCGUUGUUGUAUUGUCAAUAGUAUUCAGCUUACCGUUUGUAAUAUUGUAUGGCAUUAUUACUGCACACACUGGGCAUAAGGGCAUCACAGGCUACAACUGUGGAGUAUCUGACGCGUAUGUCCACUCACCCUGGCCAAUGAUGUGCUUCGGACUGUUUAUCCUUGUAUUCAUCACCUGUUCUGUGACCCUCUCCACGCUCUACAUUUUGAUUGGUUUAGAGGCCAGACGACGCCGAGUCUACUCAGGUGUGGUAUCGAUACAAAUAAAUAAUCGGCUACAACACGUUCAGGAUAUUAAAGUAGAAAUCACUCGACCUUCCGACGGGUCACACAGUGAAUCAGAUGAAGAUCUGGAACAGGGUAUGUCAAGAACAAAUGACGUAAGUCAGGAUAUUACCAAUGAAACAGAAACUGAUGUCAGUGAUACAAAUGUAUCUUUCGAAAACAACACAACUAUCCCAGCUCCAGUGGUCACUAUAGCUGUUCCUGCAACGACUACUAAAGAUGUGUCCUCAGGGACCAUUACAUCAAGUCACAAAAAUACAAAAAUCAAGAAAACAAAAAAUAAAAAACGUGCAGGCAAAACAACUCAUAUGCUAGUAGCAACCAGCGUCAUCUACAUCAUCUGUUACCUGAGUACUCUUGUCACGAUGUUGAUAUUUGUCACCUUUAAGUUAACCGGUAAAUUGUCGUUGGCGGAAGUUUCAGUUUUUAAUGUUUUCCUUGUUAUGUUCUUGGUGAACAGCUCAGCUAAUCCGUUUAUUUACAGUAUUUGUAAUCAAAGCUUUAGAGUUGAAUGUUUAUCUCUACUUAAUCGUUUAUUUAAAUGGUGAGAAG